AAGUUUUUCAACAUGUUGAAGUUUGUGAUUCUAUUGUCGGCAUUUGCCUGUGCACUAGCUGCCCCUCAGCCAGAAGGUCUCCUACCACAAUUGGAUGGACGCAUUGUUGGCGGUGUUGCCACAACUAUCAGCUCCUACCCAUGGCAAAUCUCACUGCAGCGUUCUGGAUCCCAUUCGUGCGGUGGUUCGGUUUACAGCGCUAAUAUUAUUGUGACCGCUGCUCAUUGUCUACAAAGAGUAUCCGCUUCUUCGCUGAAGGUACGUGCUGGCUCAUCCUACUGGAAUUCCGGUGGAGUACUCGUGCAGGUGGCCGCUUUCAAGAAUCAUGAAGGUUACAACUCUCGCACCAUGGUCAACGAUAUUGCCGUUAUCCGUUUGGCAUCUUCACUCUCAUUUAGCUCAACGAUCAAAGCCAUUUCUUUGGCUGAAGAAGCUCCUCCGACUGGCGCAGCUGCUGUUGUAUCUGGCUGGGGUACUAAAAAGUCUGGAUCAUCGUCUCUGCCCACUCAAUUGCAAUCCGUUGAAUUGUCUAUUGUCAGUGUGGCUGAUUGCGCCUCGAACACUUAUGGCUACGGUAGCCAGGUAAGAUCAACUAUGAUCUGCUCGUACACAGCGGGCAAAGAUUCAUGCCAAGGUGAUUCUGGAGGUCCAUUAGUUUCCGGUGGAGUAUUGGUAGGCGUUGUAUCCUGGGGUUACGGCUGCGCUUAUCCCAACUAUCCCGGCGUAUACUCUGACGUGUCUGCUUUACGAUCUUGGGUUGUGGACGCAGCUGGAUCUGUUUAA